AUAUGAAUUUGGAGAUUGUCAAGCUUUUCCUUUCAGCAACAACAACGGAAAAUCGUUACAUAUUUGACAAUGAAUUCGAAAAGGUCAGCACAAUGCUCUAUCUAUCUAUACAUAUUUCUGCUCCUCAACAUUGCCUGCGUAUCCCAAGGUCAUAUCAGGAGACCACGCGACAAGAUCUACAGCAAACGCAAUCUUUAUCCAGAUCUCGUCAGAUUAGAUGAGGAAUGUGGCGAGAAAACAGCAACUGGAGGCGAAGGCGACAACUGCAGCAAAAAGACCAGCCCCAAUAAGGUUGGCUCAUCAGAUCCCAAAGCCAAGGCAUCGAACAUUGCACAAAAGGCAGCGCAGGAAGCAAAGGCAGCGAAUGAUGCACAAAUGGCCGCAGCUGAUGCUGCAGCAGCUCAAGUCAAGUCCGAACUGGCUGACAAAGCGCUUCAAUCCGCUCGAGCUGCUGAAGCAGCUUUGGCGGGCAAACAACAGAUUGUGGAGCAAUUGCAGUCGGAGCACACUGAAGCUCAGGCUGUGGUCCAAGAGGUGACCAACUCUCUGCAGAAUACACAAACAAAUGCAGCUGCUGCAAGUGAUGCAGCCAUCGAGGCCAAGAACCAAGUCAACUAUCUGAAGCGUUUGGUGCAAGCGGCAAUCACGAAUCUGGGCAACAUUGAGAAUGUGUCGAAUGGAGCUCAACAGGAACUGGCUGAGAAAACACAACUCCUUGAAGCAGCCAAGCAUCGAGUGGAGACCCUGGGACUUCAACUAGAGGCAGCUAAACAGGACUUUGAGAAGACCAAAAAGGCGGCUUAUAAAGCAGCUUGUGCAGCUGUUGAAGCCAAGCAAAAGGCUCAAGCGAGUCAAUGAAAUGUAAUUUAAAGU